GGUUUCAAUUCGGUCGCACAACAGUAUUGUGUUUAUCACCCAAAAAAUUAUAUGUCUAUGAAUUCCUGUAUGAUAGAGAAAUUUGAUAUGUUUUUAUAAGCUCAGUGAAAAAGUGUAGUGACAUGAACAACACUAUCGUCGCAUUGAAAAAGGAUUAUGUGAUUGGUUGAACCAUUGUUUCACAAUAGAAAAAUCUAAAACCAAAAGGUUGUGUGAAUUGAAAAUUGUGAACUUAGUGCGAACGAAAAUGAUGUGUCAAAAUUAAAUGUAAAAAAGAAUCAUUCGUCGUUUAGAAAUCGAUGAAACUUUUUGGGUAAAUAAUAUGUGACUGUGCAAGAUUACUGAACACCGACGAUAUUCCAUUUGAUUCAUUAAUAGGUGUGGUGCCCUUUGGCACAUUUUCCAACAGUCUAACCUUAAAAAACGGCUGUUAAAAUGGAUGAAAAGUGUAACCUAAACAGUUUCGAGUUAAACGAUAAUUCAAAUAAAGUGUUGAACUGAUGUGAUCUAAUGUAAGCAAUACAAAUAACGAAAACGGUGCAAAUUAUGGUCGAAUCGUCGGGUGUACCCCGAAAUAAUCCAACAACGUCAACGGCCGGAUCGGCUCGGUGUGGUGUAUUAGAAACAAGAGUGCGUGGCGCAUGGUAUCGCGUCACAGUCACUUUAGAAUCCGAUUAUUUAUCAGUUAGCUUAGACGAGACUUGUGAUCCUGUCGAUCAUACAACGACACUAAAUGGAACGCUUGGCAGCAACCACAGUGGUAACAAUGGUUCAAGUGGCUCUCUACCGUCUUCUGCUGGACCGUCGCUGAAUUCAGAGGACAUUAACAAUGGUGACCAUCUUCUGAACAAUAAUACAGUAGACAAUGGAAUUGCGGAAGUGUGUGAUGUACCUGACGACGUGGCCAACCAAAAACGUCAUGUUCGUGUUAUUAAAUCAGACAACAAUGGGUUAGGAAUUUCUAUUAAAGGCGGCCGAGAGAAUCGAAUGCCCAUUCUUAUCUCGAAGAUUUUUCGAGGUAUGGCAGCAGAUAGUGCCAAGGGGCUGUACGUUGGUGAUGCGAUUCUUUCGGUGAAUGGAGAAGAACUUAAUCGAUACACACAUGACGAAGCAGUAAAAGCUCUGAAACGGGCUGGAAGAGUUGUUGAUUUGGAAGUAAAAUUUCUACGCGAAGUAACGCCAUAUUUUCGCAAGGCUAGCAUUAUAUCCGAAGUGGGAUGGGAAUUACAAAGAGCAUUUCUUUGUCCCCUCGGGCCUGGCUCUACGUCAUCACCACCGGCGCCACGCAGUCCACCGAGAGCUGACACGAGAUACAUACCGUUACAAUUGACACAUUUAGCGCGAAAUUUAAAGUACCAAGAUCCAGAAAAUCGUUCCAUUGAAUUGCACUCACCCGACGGCAUUCAUUCGUGUAUAUUAAGAGCCACCGAUGCCCAAGAAGCGUUGGGUUGGUUUAAUGCAUUGCAUUCGGUGAUGGCGCGUAAUACACAGCGAGCUCUGCAGGAUGCUAACCGGGCAUUGGCAACGAUAAUUGGUGAACUCAAAUACAUUGGUUGGUUAAGUCGAAAAGCUGGAAAUGAACAGAAUGGACGUUCGAGUUCUGAAAGUUCAGAUGAUACGGAUCGAUGGCAGCCUGUAUUUGUUGCUGUAACCGAUAGAGAACUUAGAAUAUACGAAAGUGCACCAUGGUCAAUUGAAGCCUGGGGUCGACCUGUAGAAAGUGCUCCACUGGCAUCAACGAGACUCGCUGGAGCUGGCAACAAUGCGAACGCAAAUGCAAAUGCAAAUUCAACGAACCAAACGACGAUAUUUUGUGUUAGAUGUGGAACAUCCCGUGGCGUUGUAACGCAUUGGUUGCGAUCCGAAACACAUCGAGAUAUGGCAGCCUGGGCUCGUGCACUUGUACAAGGUAGUCAUAAUGCAGUUAGCUAUCAACGGGAAUUUUUAUUUCGAUGUUUGUAUCAGGGACGUCCAUGUCAACUAAUUGUCCAUUUGGAACGUGGCUUUACAUUACUGGAGGGUGGAUUGGGUCAAACGGCAAAGGCAAUUUGGACAUUUGCAUUUGAUAAACUCAAAGGUUCGGCCGACGAUGGACAUCGAUUGUUAUAUUUGGACUUUGGUGGAGAUGAUGCGGAAAUUGAAAUUGACAUGGAAUGCUGUCCGAAACCGGUUGUAUUUGUACUCCAUAAUUGUUUGUCAGCGAAAGUUCAUUCGUUAACUUCAAUUUUAAAGUUUCUUUUUGGGGAAAAUGAGAGGGAGAAAGAGAACAAUUAAAAAUAAAUUUAAAAUGGAAAUUGGCAACACAGAAAAAAAUAUAGAAAAAACUUGCUCUCGGUUCCAGGCUCUUAUUAAUUAUACGGUGUGCAGUUGUGAAAUCAUAUAAAAUAUACUUUUAACAAUGAGACGUAUAACAAAAAAUUAUUAAUUAAAAAGAAAAAUGAAAAUAAAUGUAACAAAUUGUGAUAAAAUAGUGAGAUUUUUCAUUGAUUUUUAUUUUCUCGUUUCUAUUGUGUAGUUCUGUUAAAUGAAAAAAAAAACUUGUUUUUGUAUAUAAUACAACGUAGCACAGAGCACAUUAAUAUAAUUAUUAUUGAAACAACUAGUGUAUGAAAGGAAAAUGAUUAAUUAACAUGUAGAGUAGGUAACAAAAACAAAAACCCAACUCUAAUAUAGACAAAGAGUUAUAUGACUAGGAAAUUACAUAGACAUAUUUUUAGCCACCAGUACAUAGCGCCCUAGCUCCAAGCAUUAUCAUUCUUAUGUCAGGUGUCAAAAAGACUCCGAUACACGUAAAAUUGCAUGAGUAAUUGCUUUAACUCACACAAAGGAACCAUGCAUACGAAAGAAUCGCGGAUUUCAAAUUAAUGUUCUAUGUUAGUGCUUGUAAGCUAGAGUGCUAUGCCACCAGAAAAUAUCUUUUUUAAGUAAUUAUUACUAGUUGAUUAUUACGUUAUGCAUAUCACACACUGGAGGGAUUGCGAUUUUCACUUAUAAAUAUUAUAAUUCGACAGUCGACUCUUCAUACAGAAGUGUCUUAUAGUUUUCACGUUUCACGACAACUUAUUUAUUGUCAGUGAAAAUCGCAAUCCACUAUCUCUCACCAUUUCUUUUUCAAACGAGAGACCGAUUCUCAUCAUAAUUUUCUUGUAAAUACAAUUUUGUUUUACGUUUGACAUUUAAAUGUAAAUGGAGCUGUUUUUCCAUUGGAUGUAAAUAAUUUUCGUUUUGUUCAUCAUUUCAUUGAAAUUUUCGAUAUUAUUAACAUGAUCCUUCGUCAACAAUGUUGUGAAGGGUAUUAAUGUCAUUGCUUUGGGAGUUAUGGAUAUAAUUCAUAUCGUAAACAUAAUAUUGGUGCAGGACGCAUUAUUUGUUACAAUGUUAUUAACACACAAGAGUGAAACCACAUCAUUCAUCGUUUGGAACUUGACUAUCUUGUAAUUACAGUGGAUUGUCUAUUUCAGGGCUUGUUGUUUGGUGAAAAUAUUUUCUUCAAUUAUUUUGAGCUUGCUCUAGAUUCAAUGAAAUUAUUGAAAAUUCGAGAACAUAAACCAAAUUCUAGUUGUAAACUGGACCUAUAAUGUCGAAAAGUUUGAAGUUUCUUCGCUUUUCAAGUGUUUUAUCGAAUCAGGAAAAUUCGAAAAUUUUCGGAUUGCAUGUUUGUGCGAUGGCGCUGUAGUACAAUUGUUAAAAGUUUCCUAUGUGCACCAGCUAAGUAUCACCAGCUGAUCUACUAACACACACUUACCUUAUGAUAAACAAUCAAAACACUUUCUGAACAAUUUGUUUGCUUCAAUCAUACGUGUUAUGUGCGCGCAUAGAUGACGUUGUUUACAGUGCAAAGUGUUUUUGUUUGUACACCAGCUGGUGAUAUUCAGCUGGUGCUUAUUCUGCACAUAGGAAACU